GUGGUCGCCCAGAAGAUUUUCAAGCUGUCGUUACGGCGUUUGAAGUUCUGACAGACAGCCAGCGUCGCGAGGAAUAUGACAGGUCUCUGCUGGCAUCGGGAAACACCGAUGGAGGCAUGGACAUGGGCUCGGUGGAUGUGGAGUGCUCCACAGACGUGGGUAACGAUGAGCUGGCCGCUCGCAGAGCCGUGCGGGAAGCACUCAUCCGGCUUUCCUCCGCCAGGGGCUCGGAGCAAAAGAAGAUCCUGAAAGGGCUUCGAACCAAGGUUCUGGAAGAAGCCAUGGAGUUUCUCCAGAGUGCCCACGUUAAAAGUGGGCCGCUGAACCUGGAAUUCUCCCAAAUCAGGCAAAGCAGUGGCGAGUCCAAGCCGCUUUCUUUAGCCGGCAUAUUUGCAGACAUGAAGGGCAGGUAUGCAGUGGUGAUCUCCUGGCAGGGCCUCAGUGUCUCAGCUUGA